AUGGCACGCCACCGCCGCCGCCGCUCCUCGGACGCCUCCUCCUCCUCCUCCUCCUCUUCUUCAUCGCCUAGUCUCGGAGGUUUCGUGGAGUUCACGUUCACCCAGGAGCCUCAGGACACGGUGACGGUGCGAGGCGGCGUGCUCCAGCUCGACUGCCAGGCGCGCUCGGACGCGGCGCUCGAACCUCCGGUCAUCACGUGGCGCAAAGACGGCGUGCUGCUGAGCGCCGUGGUGGACGAGCGGCGGCAACAGCUGGCCAACGGCUCGUUGCUGGUGCAGAACGUGGUGCACUCGCGGCAUCACCGGCCAGACGAGGGAGAAUACCAGUGCCUCGCCACGAUGGACGGCCUGGGAAGCAUCGUGAGCCGGACCGCCAAGGUCACCGUGGCAGGUCCACUGAAGGUGGUUGUACCCACAGAGUCUGUCUCCUCAUACCUUGGCGACACCGCAUUGCUGCGCUGCGAGGUAUCGGGCGAUCCGACGCCCAUCAUCCGGUGGCAGAAGAACCGGGAAGACCUGCCUCAGACAUUUGACCCAGAAUCCCGCAUGGCAGUGCUCCCAUCCGGCUCCCUGCAGGUCAGCCGCGUCCAACCGCCGGACUCUGCAACUUACCGAUGUCUGGCUGACAACCCCGGCAGCACCAGAACGGGGACGGACGCCGAGCUCCGAGUGCUCCCAGAGCCCGGUGUGAGCAGGAACCCCCAGUUCCUCCAGCGUCCGUCAAGAGUAACGGCUCUGCUGGGAACCGACGCCAUACUGGAAUGUUCCGCCUCGGGAUACCCGACUCCAAGUAUCCAGUGGAGGAGAGGAGAGGAACUGAUUCAGAGCUGGAAUAAGAAGUACUCUCUGCUGGCGGGAAGCAACCUGAUCAUCAGGAGUGUCACCGACGACGACUCCGGCAGUUACAGCUGCACAGCCGCCAACAAGAACAAUAACAUCACUGCAAACACAGAGCUGAGUGUGCUAGUACCUCCUCAGUUCCUGAACUACCCGACCAACACGUACGCCUACGAGUCCACAGACAUCGAGCUGGAAUGCGCCGUGACGGGAAACCCACCGCCGAGCGUCCGCUGGAUGAAGAACGGAGAGGAAGUCAUCCCCAGCGACUACUUCCAGAUAGUGGAUGGCAGUAACUUGCAGAUUUUGGGUCUGGUGAAGUCUGAUGAAGGAUUUUAUCAGUGUGUCGCUGAAAACAUUGCUGGCAGCUCACAGGCCAUGGCUCAACUGCUGCUGAGAGAGCCAGUGUCCCCAAGCCCAGGCGUUGCCCUCCCCUCUGCCCCCCGCGACCUGGUCCCUGUCCUAGUGUCCAGCCGCUUUGUCCGAGUCAGCUGGCGCCCCCCAGAGGAGACCGGAGGAUCUGUGCAGACCUAUGGCGUUUAUUAUUCCCAGGAUGGAGUCGAACGGGAGAGGUCAGUGAACGUGUCAGAGCCGGAGUCUUUGGAGCUGACCGUUUCCAACCUGAAACCAGAGGAGAGCUACAGCUUCAGAGUCAUCGCUUACAACGACGUGGGGCCAGGAGAGAGUUCGGCCCCCCUGAGGAUCACCACCAAACCUGACCUGCAGGUUCCCAGCCGGGUGGAGUCUCUACAAGCUGAGGCUCUGUCUCCGACCUCCGCCCAGGUGAGCUGGGACGCUCCCAGCCAACCGAACGGCCCCGUCCUGGGCUACAGACUGCUGUGGACCGAGAGCCCAUCUGGCAAGGAACAGAGUUUGGAGGUGAACGGGCAGAGCUACAAGAUGGAUGGACUCAAUAAGUUCACAGAGUACACUGUUCGGGUUUUGGCCAUCAACCGCUACGGACCGGGCCCCGCCUCAGACACCGCCAUCGUCACCACCCAAUCAGACGUGCCCAGUGCUGCUCCUCAGAAUAUCACCUUAGAGGUCGUCCUGUCCAGGAGCAUCAAGGUGUCAUGGCAGCCGCCUCCACGCAGCACCCAAAACGGCAUCAUCACCGCUUACAAGAUCAAAUACAGAAAGACGGGUCGCCGUGGAGACCAGGAGGCCAUAGAACCCAACAACUUCUGGUAUUUGUUCACAGGCCUGGAGAAAGGCAGUCAGUACAGUUUCCAGGUAGCAGCCAUGACAGCCAAUGGAACGGGUCCAGCCAGCGAAUGGUACACCGCCGAGACGCCGGAGAACGACCUGGAUGAGAGUCAGGUGCCCGACCAGCCCAGUUCUCUACAUGUCAGGCCGCUUCCAAACAGCAUCAUCAUGUCCUGGACCCCACCGCUCAGCCCCAACAUCCUGGUCCGAGGUUACAUCAUCGGCUACGGAGUGGGAAGCCCCUACGCCGAGACGGUCCGAGUGGACAGCAAGCAGAGAUACUACUCCAUCGAAAACCUGGAGCCGAGCUCACACUAUGUGAUUUCCCUGAAGGCGUUCAAUAACGCAGGAGAAGGAGUUCCUCUGUACGAGAGCGCCGUCACUCGAUCUCUCACAGACCCCAUAGACCCAUCUGAGGAUGACCUCUUCCACCUCUUUGAUAAAUACCCCACUCCCAUGCCAGACACCAGCACACCUAUGAUCCCCCCCGUGGGGGUCCAAGCCGUGGCUCUCUCCUCGGACUCGGUGCGGGUCUCCUGGGCCGACAACUCCAUGACCAAGAACCAGAAGUCGUCGGAGGUCCGCUACUACUCCGUCAAGUGGAAGACCAGCUACUCCACCAGCGGCAAGUACAAGUCUGCAGACACCACGGCGCUCAGCCACACUGUCACCGGCCUCAAACCAAACACCAUGUACGAGUUUGCUGUCAUGGUAACCAAAGGUCGCAAGUCCAGUACCUGGAGUAUGACGGCGCACGCCACCACAUAUGAAGCAGCUCCCAGCUCCACCCCCAAAGACCUGACAGUAAUCAGUCGCGAGGGCCGACCCCGCGCCAUCUUAAUCAGCUGGCAACCGCCAAUGGAGGCUAACGGCCGAAUCACAGGCUACAUCCUGUACUACACGCUGGAUAAGAACAUGCCGAUAGAUGACUGGGUGAUGGAGACGAUCAGCGGCGACCGGCUGACCCAUCAGGUCGUCGAUCUGAACCUCGACACGGUUUAUUACUUCAGGAUUCAGGCCAAGAACGCCAAAGGAGUCGGCCCUUUGUCCGAGCCCAUCCACUUCAGGACCGCCAAAGUGGAACAUCCAGACAAGAUGGCCAAUGAUCAAGGUCGAGGAGGAGACCACACCUACUGGCCUUCUGAUAACAACCUGAUUGACAGGAGCAGCAUUAACGAGUCUCCCAUUGGUCAAAUGCGUCCACCUCACGGCAGCGCCACGCCUCAGAAGAACAGCAACCUCCUGGUCAUCAUCGUGGUUUCCGUGGGAGCCGUCACCGUGGUCGUGGUCGUCAUUGUGGCGCUGAUCUGCACCCGGCGCUCGUCCGCCCAGCAGAGGAAGAAGAGAGCGAGCCACAGUGCCAGUAAGAGGAAGGGCAGCCAGAAGGACCUGCGACCUCCUGACCUCUGGAUCCAUCAUGAGGAGAUGGAGAUGAAGAACAUGGAGAAAGCUCCCAGCGUCGCACCUUCAGGACACGACUCGCCCAUCCAGUCCUGCCAGGACCUCCCCCAGGUCGCCCACAGCCAAUCGGAAAGCCAGAUGGGCAGCAAGAGUAGCCACUCAGGAGCGGAUGGUGAUGAAGCGUCCAGCAGUAUCUCCACUCUGGAGCGCUCCAUGGCUGCCAGGAGGGGAACACGAGGCAAGAUGAUGAUUCCUAUGGACUCACAACCCAGCAACACACCCGUGGUCAGUGCCAUCCCGGUGCCAGCUCUGGACUCGUCUCAGUAUCCUGGUAUCUUACCAUCGCCAUCCUGCGGCUUCACUCACAACAAGUUCAGUCUGAGACCCAUGCCUUUCCCCAGCCUGACAGUGGACAGAGGAUACACACCAGCGAUGCCCUCAGACACCUCCACCAAUCCUCUCCUCCAGCAGCAGCCUUCAACACAGCAGGUCGCUCCCCUCCUCCCUGGCUCCUCCGCCCCUCCCGGGGAGCACAUUCCUGGGGUCGGCCCCGUCCCGGGCGCCCCCGCCGCAUCCGCCGAAGAAUCUCAGGCCGGUAGCGGUCGGACCAUACCCACAGCCUGCGUGCGGCCCACCCACCCGUUACGAAGUUUCACCAACCCGCUGCUGCCGCCGCCCAUGGGGACCAUCGACCCCAAAGUGUACACCUCCAUGCUGCCACAGUCCAGUGCGAGCCUCCCGAAGCCCCAGGUGAAGACAGCGUCUCUGGGUCAGGCCGGCAAGGCUCGCUCCCCUCUGCUGCCCGUCUCCGUCCCCACGGCACCGGAUUUACCGGAAGAGGGAGGGACGAAACCCGCAGAGGACUCAGCUGCCAACGUUUACGAGCAGGAUGACCUUUCAGAGCAGAUGGCCAGUCUAGAAGGGCUGAUGAAGCAGCUCAAUGCCAUUACCGGCUCUGCCUUCUAA